AUGGAGAACAAGUUGCCCGUGGACAGCAAGACUGAGAAGGGUCGGGGUGGCGACCAGCAGCAGCAGCAACAGCAGAAGAAGAAGCGCCAGACACAGCUGCGGCAUCCCAUGAUGAGAGGCAAGAAGAUCGCGGACAAGCCAGGAAAGCAGCGGGACAAACGCAAGGAAGAAAUUGGUGUGGAAUCUGUAAAGGACAAGCAGACGUCCGACAAGCAAGCGGCGGCCAACCAACAGGAGCUGUCACCGCCAGCACCUGCGGCUCCUACGCGGACAGCUGUGGUGGCCUUCGUAACAGUGUCGGUAUUGAGCUGCAUCUUGGUACUCAGCUCCACCUUGCUUAUACUGCAGUACUUGCGAGCCCCAAUAGUGGGCACAUGCACGACAGCGGGCUGCAUAGCACAAGCGGAGGCGAUUCUCAAUGCCAUGAAUGCUUCGGUGAAGCCGUGUUCAGACUUCUACCGCUUCUCGUGCGGCUCGUGGAAGCCCCGAGGUCCCUAUCGUUCCAUGAUCGAGCAGAUAUUCGCCAAAUCCUUCGCCAUCGCCAUCAAGGAGUUGGAAGAGAACGUUAGCAAGUCUGUACUUCCAAUUGCGCAGCGUUACUACCAGAGUUGCACCGCCAAACGGUCCGACGAUUUGCUUCAAAGUGAGAUCCAGAAGUUCGCAAAGUUCAAGCGAGACCUAGGACUUCUGUGGCCAGAGGAAUGGCCUGAGAAAAGCAAUGUCGCCAUGCCUCCACUGAAGGUGCUGGUAAAUUUGACUGUUAAUUGGAACGUCAACUUAAUAUUCAAUGUGCGUGUCAUCCCGGGAUACAAGGGCCGGCCCAGGUCUAUCUUCCUCCAGCGUGGAGUGCUUGGUCCCUCAUGGUCCGUCUACAAGCCCGACGAAAUGAAGCGGUCCAUUGAAGAACACUGCCAGUUCUUGAGAGCGCAGGCGCCAACGCCGGUACUCUUGAAGGAGAUAAUGAAGGCGUACCUGGCAGUGGUCAACGCGUCCCUAAGUUUUGAACCAGACGCGAGGGAUGAAGAGAAGACGACGCUUAAGGAAAUCAACGAGCGAACGGAGUCUGGGAAAGACAAGUGGGAGGAAUACAUGAAGGAGACCCUUCCAGACUUCGUCUGGCGACCCGAAGACGUCGUGCUGAUCCAGCACCCGGCCAUACUCGACAACAUCGGUCACCUGUUGGAGAGCAUGUCGGACAAAUCGCUCCGUCUGGGUAUCGCAUGGGUGUUUGUUUACUUGACCUUCUGGACAGUCGUUGGAAAACCGCAUCUGCUCUUCGAGGGCUCCGCAGAAGAGCUCGAGGUGAGGGAAAAGUACGCCUGCCUUUCGCACGUGGCGUCCACGUUCGGGCUGGUCGUCUCGCACGAUCAUCUGCUCAAGCGAUUCACGGAUGAUGUGCGCCUCCAUAUAGACACCGUCUUCAAGACCAUCAAGGCUGCUUACCAGCGAGCCUUCGCUGAUGCCGAUUGGAUCGAUGAGUCAGUCAAGACAAAGCUCAAAGCCAAGGUCUCGGAAAGCUUAACCCUCAACUCCCUGCCCGGAAGCGAAUUCUUCUCCAACUUCGCUAUCGCGGCAGUGUACAAGCAUUUCCCGAACGCCACGAGCUCGUUUUUCGAUAACUUUGUCAACAUAGCGAAGUCGUUCCGCAAGAAGCUAUCGUCGGACGACUUCGUCAAUGCCUUCUCCAAAACGCUAGGUGACGGUCAUGUGGCCACCUCGUACAGCUACUAUUACAACACUGUCUACUUCGCAGUCGGAGCGCUCGAAUCGCCGAUGUUCCACGUCGACAGCACGUUCUCCAGCACGUACGGUUCGAUGGGCACGCUGAUGGCCUCUUCCAUGGCUCGGGCUUUCGACGAGCGAGGAAUAGUGUUCGACAGAGGAGAGGUGGCUCCGUGGUGGAUCGCGGACCGCAAAGAGUACGAGAGGCGCCUCAAGUGCGACCUCGGAGCCGGCAGGUCUCGCUCAGACAGUGGCGCCGCUUUCGCCAGUCCGCUGUUCUGGGCUGCGCUCGGCCUGAGGACCUCGUACGAUGCGUACCGGUCGGCCAUUAAGGUUAGAAAAACAGUGGACAUCUUCCGUAUCAAGGGUCUCGAGAAGUACAGCGACGAUCAGGUGUUCUUCAUGUCGUACUGCCUCAUUACAUGUGCCAUCGACAGCAACGGCGAUGCAUGCAACAUUCCAGUUCGCCAGUCGAGCAAGUUCGCCGUUGCUUUCAGGUGCCCGGAGAAGGCGCCCAUGAACCCCAGGGAAAGGUGUCCCUUCUUAUAG